CGAGCCUUCCUAUGCGCCUUGAUAAUCAAAAACUGUCACAGCUAUCUCCUGCGAGCGUCCUUGCCGAACUCGAUAAGAUAGGUAUAACGACGACCACAGACAUUUUCUUUGGUCCUUCUGCUCUCGAAAUCAUCUCUCGCCUUCCACCAGGGACUGUGUCUUUGAGAGAAUUACAAAACUACAUUAAGAAUGUAGCUGAAUCAACCUCUGCAAAAGGAGUCUCCGCGCUCGACAUAUCAAAAGAACCUAGGUCUUUAUAUGCGCCAUCCCAGCCGUACUACUUGUCCUCUCAUUGCCCGAGCUUGGAUGCCAUACUAGGUGGUAGUGGUUUCGAUGCGUCUCGGGUCUUCGAGGUUUCCGGCGACCAUAAAUCGGGGAAAAGCACUCUCGCCUUGAAUACCGCACUACAUGUUCUUUUAGAUGAUUCGAAGUCAGAGGUGGUAUGGAUUGAUACAAGUGGGGAUUUCUCUCCAGAUCUGUCCGUACGCGUUGUGGAAUCUGAGAGGUUUCUGUGCACGGCCAGCCUAGAUACUCGAAUCGAAGCUCUGGAGCGACUGCAAAUCGCAACAGCAGUCGAAAUUGAAAGCUUCUAUCAAGUAUUGCAAGUCAUCACAAAUCGUUUGCGGUCAAUUCCUUCCGAACAUCCGAGGACACGAUGUAUUGUGAUUGAUACUAUCACUUCCGUCUUUGGACCCUACCUCAGUCCCAAUUCAUCUCAAGGACAUGCUGUCAUGACAACUUUCAUGCGGCACCUUCAAUCAAUCGCACGAACUUACUUGGUCGCAGUUCUCGUAAUCAACAACGCAACUGUGAUGCCCCAAAAUCAGACCAACACCUUGUCGAUAUUGCCUAAUAACGUGAAAAAACCCUCGCUCGGAGCAUCUUUUCCAUUUCUUACGGAUGCGACUCUGUGGCUGUCACCGUCUGCAACAGAGGUUGUGGAUAACAUAUUAGUGCACUCAAGCGUUGUGGAGAUAUUGAGAUCUAGAGUUUCUGUCGGUGGCGUUCGUUUUUCUCAGUUGGCUGAAGGCCCGUUAACAUGCUCAUAG